CAAAAUUUGAUUAUUGCAAUGAAUUCCCUUUUUUCCUAAAGUUGAGCUGAUUGUCCUCUGGGCAACUAACGGGUUAAAUGCUACCUUCUAAGUUCAAGGAAAAUUAGCCUUGCUCAAAUAAUGCUGCUGGCUCACAAAUGCAGGGCUUUGGGCAGAGUAAAGACCGGAGGAAAUCAGUGUGUAGGAGACAGUUUUCUCCGUGACAAGACCAGCAAAAAUUAUGGAAACCACUUUGGCAGUGAUGGAUUCUUCUGAUAUUCAAAGGAAAAAUAUAGCUGUCAUUGGUGGUGGCUUGGUUGGAUCAUUAAAUGCGUGCUUCCUUGCCAAGAGGAAUUUCCAAGUUAAUGUAUAUGAAGCUAGAGAAGAUAUCCGAGUGACUAAAUUUGCACGUGGAAGAAGCAUUAAUUUGGCCCUUUCUUAUAGAGGACGACAAGCCUUGAAAUCCAUUGGUCUGGAAGAUCAGAUUGUAUCCCAAGGUAUCCCCAUGAGAGCAAGAAUGAUUCACUCUCUUUCAGGAAAAAAGUCUGCAAUUCCCUAUGGAACAAAGUCACAGUAUAUUCUUUCUAUAAGCAGAGAAAAUCUAAACAAGGAUCUACUGACUGCUGUUGAGAAAUAUCCCAAUGCAAAGGUGCACUUUGGCCACAGGCUGUUGAAAUGUAAUCCUGAGGAAGGAAUGAUCACAGUGCUUGGACAUGAGAAUGUUCCCAAAGAUGUCACCUGUGACCUCAUUGUAGGAUGUGAUGGAGCCUAUUCCACUGUCAGAACUCACCUCAUGAAGAAACCCCGCUUUGAUUACAGUCAACAAUACAUUCCUCAUGGGUUCAUGGAAUUGACUAUUCCACCUAAGAAUGGGGAUUAUGCCAUGGAACCUAAUUAUCUACAUAUUUGGCCUAGAGAUACCUUUAUGAUGAUUGCACUUCCUAACAUGAACAAAUCUUUCACGUGUACUUUGUUCAUGCCCUUUGAAGAGUUUGAAAAACUGCUAACUAGUAGUGAUGUGCUGAAUUUCUUCCAGAAGUACUUUCCGGAUUCUAUCCCUCUAAUUGGAAAGCAAACCCUGGCACAAGAUUUCUUUCUGUUGCCCGCCCAGCCCAUGAUAUCCGUUAAGUGCUCUUCUUUUCACUUGAAAUCACACUGUGUGUUGAUGGGAGAUGCAGCUCAUGCCAUAGUGCCCUUUUUUGGGCAGGGAAUGAAUGCGGGAUUUGAAGACUGCUUGGUAUUUGAUGAAUUAAUGGAUAAAUUCAAUAAUGACCUUAGUAUGUGCCUUCCUGAAUUCUCAAGAUUAAGAAUUCCAGAUGACCAUGCAAUUUCAGACCUAUCCAUGUACAACUACAUAGAGAUGCGAGCACACGUCAACUCAAGGUGGUUCCUCUUCCAAAAGAACAUAGAGAGAUUUCUUCAUGCUAUUAUGCCAUCUACCUUUAUCCCUCUUUACACCAUGGUCACCUUUUCCAGAAUAAGAUACCAUGAGGCAGUGCUGCGUUGGCAUUGGCAAAAAAAGGUGAUAAAGAAAGGACUCUUUUUCUUUGGAACACUGAUAGCUGUAAGUGGUACUUACUUACUUAUGCGCUCCAAGUCACUGAGACCCCUGGACUACUUGAGAAGACCAUGGGACUGGGUCACUUACUUCCAGAAUACAGCAUGUCUCCCUGUAAACUCUCUGGAGUCACUAGAACAAAUUCCCAAUGUCAUUAACAAGUGAUAAAAAGAUCCUGAAGUAGCAAAUAUUAGAUUUCUCUGUAACCAAAACAGGAUUAAAAUCAUGUUUCCAUCAUCAUAUUUAAUUCACUAAUGGAAGAUAUUUAUCAGCUUAUAGUUAAAUUCAAUGUAGAAUUUCUCUGUGAGCUCACUGAAAUUAUUGAAAAAAUAACCCACCACUUUAAGUAAAACGCAGCUUCCCCACAGCACUAUGCUUAGGUCAGGUCAUUCUAAAUAUAAAAGUGCAGUGACUAAGAUCUCUUUCACUUCUCAAAAAGAAAGGCCCUAGAGACCUCAAGGAAGUCACUGAUCACCCUUUUCUUUAAAGGACAUAAUAGAAGUCAUGAUAGGAUUGACUUAACACCUGGGACUAAAAGUCACAAUUUGCCUAACAUAUUAACUGCAUUUUUCAUUACCUGGAUGGAACUUACCUAAGCACAGGGCUCAGAUUUUUUUGCUAAAACUAGAAAUGUAAAUGAGGGAUUGGGGGGCUUUCGAGAGAGUUCAAAAUGAAUUGAUUUUAUUUCCCAGUCUUCAAAAGGCAGUAUUACCUUCUGAGGAUUUUUUUUUAAAGGCUAUUAAAGCCACACUAAGUGAAGGAUAGGAAGAGUUUUAUUUAUAAACUAAAUAUCUAUAUACAUAAAAGAGUGGAAAGGAAACAAGGGGAGACAGCUUUCAUAGAAAUAUGAAGCCGUAUUUUAUUCCAUUUCAGAAGCAAUUUACUAACAUUCUUGAACUAUAUGCUGCAAAACUAGCAACAAACUUGAUGUUUAAAUGUUCAUUUAGUGAAACUUUUUUCUUGCUUCUUCCUUCUUCAAUAGGCCAACUGAAUCAUUUAGAACUCUUUCAAACAUGAUUAAUUAUGAAGAUGCAACACUAGUAGAACUGUCAUGUAAGAAAUAAAAAUUAGGAAAUAAAAUGAUUCACUUUCUUUCCUAUAUUGUCAAGGAAAUUCUUGAGUCCUAAUAAUCCAUGUUUAGACUAAAUAAUGACUCAUGGAAAAAUGGUCUCUUCACUAACCCUGACCACUAUUUAUCCAGUGUAUUGAUUGAAGAGCAAUAAAGAUUAAAUAUUUUUAUUUAAUAUUCACAUUUUGUGAAUACAGUUUUACACUUAUUUUCAUUCCUCUUCAAAUGUAGGUUUGUUUGGUUUUUGCUGGAACUCCUUUUCUAAAUCUAUCAAUAGAAUUCUUGGCAAAAUUGUGGGAAAUUACUAGGAGGAGAGGCUAAUCCUGCCAUGUUCAUAUUUGAAAUGAAAUAGAUGGAGACACUUAACUGCCAUUAACAUCAGCUUCACCAUGUACAUCCUCUGCUAAUGUAUGAUUACCAAUAAACCUUGAUCACCUUGAAA